AUGGCUAUAUGCAGAUCACAAUCGAAUCGUUGCCUUGUUCUGCUAGGACUGGCGAUAUCGAUCGCUAUAGUUUCACUUUUGGUAGUAUUCUCGCUACAUGACGUCGUAAACGAAAUCUCCGACCCGGAAUUCGAAUUGCCCCCGUCGAGUAUGCCGUUGGGCUUGUACAGCAAAGUCGGAGUAGUAUCUAACGGUGGACCAUGCGCACAAAUCGGAGUGGACGUGAUGUCGAAUGGUGGAAAUGCCGUUGAUGCUGCUAUAGCUACAAUGAUAUGUGAUGGUGCUCUAUGUCCUCAAUUUAAGGGUUUGGGUGGAGGAUUUUUAAUGAGUAUAUACAAUGCCACAACCAAAAAAGUAAUGUCAAUCGACGCACGAGAAACAGCACCAUCAGGGGCAACUGACUCCAUGUUUGUAAAAGAACCUAAAAAAUCUGUAUUGGGUGGCUUGGCGGUUGCAGUUCCGGGAGAACUUAAAGGCUAUUCGACCAUCUAUAGUUUAUACGGUGGUCAUGUUUCAUGGUCAUCGCUAUUUGAACCAACAAUACAAUUAUGUGAAGAGGGCAUGCUAAUCAGCAACCGUCUAGAGUUAGGUUUAAAGGCAGAAGAAGACUUGAUCAAAAAUGACCCAAUGCUCAGAAAAGCUUUUUUUAACGAACACACUGGGCAUGUAAAGAUGGCUGGGGAAAUGUACACGUUACCAAAGUUAGCAGAAACGAUGAAAAUCAUAGCAAAAGAAGGCGUAGAAGCCAUAUACAAUGGUUCGUUAACGGAACGAUUAUUAGAAGACUUAAAAAAAGUAAAUGGGAUUAUCACAAAAGAAGACUUAGCUAGCUAUAAAGUUGAAGUCGAAGAAUCUUUUUCUGUGAACUUAAAAAGUGGGCAAACAAUACACUUGGGGCCACCACCUGGUUCUGGUAUAAUACUAGCUUACAUACUCAGAGUGUUGGACGGCAUGUUGCCGGCACCCAGCGCCGGCUUGGAUGCACAUCGUUUGGUGGAGGCUUUUAAAUUUGGAUAUGGCGAGAGAACACAUUUAGGCGAUCACAAAUUCGUAAACGUGUCUCAAAUAUACGAUAAAGUGAAAUCGGAUAGUUAUAUAGAUAAAAUACGCAGUCGAAUAUUUGAUAAUUUCACUUCAUCAGACCCUAAAUACUAUGGAGGUGAUUUUGAUAUGCCAGAAAAUCACGGAACUGCCAAUAUGGUCGUGAUUGAUUCGAUGGGAAACGUCGUCAUAAGUACUAGUACAAUAAACACAUACUUCGGUAGUGGUUUCAUGUCUCCUAGCACCGGUAUUCUUCUGAAUAAUGAAAUGGACGAUUUCUCUACCCCUGGAGUCGUUAAUUAUUACGGUAUUCCGUCUUCACCGGCCAAUUACAUAGAACCAGGCAAACGACCAAUGUCUUCAAUGUGCCCAACUAUUAUCACAGACGGAAAAAAAGACUUCGUUCUCGCAGCAGGAGCAGCGGGAGGAUCAAAAAUCACGCUUGCAACCGCCUACGUGACUGCUCUUAAAUUAUGGUACAAUAAAACGUUGAAAGAAGUUAUAGACAAACCAAGAAUUUUCCACCAACUUGUGCCUAUGCAAGUUCAGUAUGAAUACGGAACGACUAGAGAUGUAAUACAAACACUUAAAGAUAUUGGCCAUCCAGUGAUCCGAUUGUCAACUACCGGAACUUCAGCAGCAACAGCCAUUGCCAAAUCGGCUUCCGGAAUGGUAGAAGCUAUGCCAGAUUAUCGACGACCAGGAAAUUCAUCUGGAUAUUAA